AUGUCUGCCCCGCACGAUGCUCAUGCCAGACCACCGACAAAGCUGCGUGACGUCUACAAGCAGUACCAGAAGCUAAAGGCUGCUGAUCUGGACGGCGACACGGGUCUCUUGGACACUCGCGAUAUGCACCCCGCAGUCGAAUCCGGACGACUGCUUCAACAACACCUGCAGCUCCCCAAUGGCCUGCCUCGCUUACGUCCAGCUCUGAGAAAGGUAGGUCUGUUGAUAUAUCCCUCGCUGCUGCCUCCCGACGUGCAGCGCAGCCUGCUUGAUAAAUCAUUGCACAGAGAUGUGUCCAACUCCCAGCAUCAAACUAAUGUUCAUCUCUUUCACCAUGUCUUAUACCCACCUUUGGACGACCACGGCAAUACGAGCUCAUUCUUCGAAACCUCUGCAACGAAUAUAACCUUUCAACCCAAGCAUCCAAACGUGCACAAGACAUUCUCGACAAAGCAAUUCCUAACCCGAAAGCUUCGUUGGGCAACUCUGGGUGGCCAAUAUGACUGGACGAAUAAGACCUAUCCCGAUCAAACUCCUCCCGAUUUCCCGUCAGAUACCAAGAAGUUGGUAGAAGACCUUUUUCCAAUGAAAGCAGAGGCCGCCAUCCUCAACAUCUACUCGCCUGGCGAUACGCUGAGCCUACACCGGGAUGUCAGCGAGGAAUGUAAUCAACCUCUGGUCAGCAUAUCGAUGGGAUGUGAUGCGGUCUUCAUUGUGGGACUGGAUUCUGAAGAUCCCAUCAAUACCAAAUUAUGUUGCAUACGCUUACGCUCGGGGGACGCGGUGCUUAUGAAGGAGGCGAGCAGAUAUGCCUGGCACGGCGUUCCGAAAGUAGUUGAAGGCUCCUGCCCAGAAUGGUUGGAGGACUGGCCCGCUGAGCUCAAUGAUGAUGCCAAGUACGAACAAUGGCGUGGCUGGAUGAAGACCAAGCGAGUGAAUUUGAACGUGCGGCAGAUGUUCGAUUGA